AUGUCGCUCCCCUACGCAGCAGACGCAGAGACGUCGCUCUCCCCCUCCGAGCUCCAAGUGCUCAAAUCACAAUAUGAAACCGAACUCUCCGCAGGCCACGUCACAACGCAAACCAAAUUCAACUACGCAUGGGGGCUGGUCAAGAGUAAGCAGCGGGCGGACAUGUCCAUCGGCGUUGGGCUUUUGACCGAGAUCUACCGCUCGGAUCCACCAAGACGGCGCGAGUGCCUCUACUACCUCUCGCUGGGUCACUACAAGAUGGGCAACUACGACGAGGCCAGGCGGUUCAAUGCGCUGUUGAUCGAGAGGGAACCGAACAAUCUGCAGGCGCAGAGCUUGAAUCAGCUCAUCGAGAAGGGUGUUGCCAGGGAGGGGUAUAUUGGGAUGGCGUUGAUCGGAGGUGCGGCUGCCGUGGCCAGUAUCGCUGUUGCGGGACUGAUGCGCCGCGGACGCCGUUAG